AUGGAGGUGGCACGCAUUGGUGCUGUAACUACACUGGAGUGCUUCCGCUCUCACAUGUCAAACUCUGUAAGGUGUUGUUGUCUCUACAACUACAACGUGAGGCUGGUGGAUGGUCACAGACGGUGUGCUGGAAGAGUGGAGGUUUUUCAUAACGAAGAGUGGGGAACAGUGUGUGAUGAUUUUUGGAAUAUAAAAGUUGCCGCAUUGGUGUGUAGAGAGUUGGGCUGUGGGGAAGCUGUCGAUGCAUGGGCAGCUUCUCAUUUUGGACCAGGUGUUGGACCAAUCUGGAUGAGGUAUCUGGAUUGUACUGGAAAAGCUACUUUGAAAAAGUGUGGGCAGCUUGGGGCGUAUGUAUUACAAUGUAGUCAUGAUGAGGAUGUUGGAGUUAUCUGUUCAGGAAAAGUCAAGCUUGUUGGCGGACCUCACUGCUCUGGGAGAGUAGAGGUGCUUCAUGAAAAGAACUGGGCCACAGUGUGUGAUGCUGAUUUUGACAAGCAGGAUGCAGAGGUUGUAUGUCGGGAACUGGGAUGUGGGCCUCCCAAGCAGAUACUGGGAGCAGCUGCUUUCGGCAGAGGCGAGGGUCAGGUGUGGAGAGAGCGACUUCUGUGCAAAGGCACCGAGUCCUAUAUUCACUUUUGUCCAAAAUCUCCACAUGUACACAAUUGCACCCAUUAUAGUGAUGUGGGACUGGUGUGUGCUGAUAAUGUGAUGCUGGCGGAUGGUGGCAGUCGCUGUGCAGGAAGAGUGAAGGUUUUUCAUAGAGAAAAGUGGGGAAGAGUGUGUAGCAAUAACUGGAAUUUUAAAGCUGCUGCAGUUGUGUGUAAGGAGCUUGGAUGUGGAGUAGCUGUAGAUGUGCUGUAUGAUUCUGACUUUGGAUUAGAAUCCGAAGUAUUCUGGAUGGGUGGUGUUAACUGCAUUGGGUCAGAGUCUACCCUGAAAAACUGUGGAUCAGCAGAGGUUGACAUCUCUACUUGUAAUUAUAAAGAUGCCGGAGUCAUCUGCUCAGAAGUCAGGCUGGUUGGUGGUCGUCGCUGCUCUGGGAGAGUAGAGGUGCUUCAUGAGUUGACCUGGGUUAAAGUGUGUGCUGCUGACUUCAGCAUGCAUGAUGCAGAGGUCGUGUGUCGGGAACUGGACUGUGGGCCUCCUCUGGACGUGUUGGAUGCAGCUAGCUUUGGUGUAGAUGAGGUGCAGGAGCAGACCUUGAAAUUGCAGUGCAGAGGCAAUGAAAAUCGAACUCGCAAUUGUCCAAAAUCUACACUCCAAUACAACUGCUCCCAUUCUAAUUAUGUGGGACUUGUUUGUUCUGAAGUUGUGAAGCUGGUGGAUGGUGGAAGUCAAUGUGCUGGAAGAGUAGAGGUUUUUUAUAGAAAUAAGUGGGGAACAGUGUGUGAAAGUGACUUUAAUAAGGAAACUGCUACAUUGCUCUGUAAAGAGCUGGGCUGUGGUGAGGCCAUAGAUAUAUCACGUAAUGCACACUUUGGACUGGGAACCGGACCAGUCUGGAUGGUUGUUCCAGACUGCAGUGGGUCAGAGGAUACACUAAAGGAUUGUUUAACAGGGGAAUGGGGUGAAAAUGUCUGCAAACAUGAUUCUGAUGUUGGGCUUGUCUGCUCAGUUUUAGGAGUCAGACUUGUUAAUGGUUCUCAUUGCUCUGGGAGAGUAGAGGUACUUCAUGGGAAGACCUGGGACACAGUGUGUGGUGUUGCUUUUGACCAGCAAGAUGCAGAGGUUGUUUGUCGUGAGCUGGGCUGUGGGUCACCUGAAGAAUUGCUGGGAGCAGAUGCUUUUGGCAGUGGUGAAGGCCCAGUGUCAGAAAAGGAGUUUCAAUGUAGAGGCACAGAGUCUCAGACUCAUUUUUGUCCAACAUCUUUGCUUGAACAUAACUGCCCCCAUUCCAGUGAUGCUGGACUGGUGUGUGCUGCUGGUGUGAGGCUGGUGGAUGGUGGCAGUCGGUGUGCAGGAAGAGUGGAGGUCAUACAGAGAGGACACUGGGGAACAGUGUGUGUUGAUUCCUGGGAUAUGAGAGAUGCCACAGUUGUGUGUAAGGAAUUAGGCUGUGGGAAAGCUGAAAACAUAUUUGAUAAUACUCAGUUCGGACCAGGAUCAGGACCAAUCCUGAUGAAUGUGCACUGUACAGGAUUGGAAUCUAGCCUGAAGGACUGUGAGUCAAAUCAUUUAAGUAGAGAUAUACAGGUAGAUAAAUGUAUACAUGGUGGGGAUCCUGCAGUCAUUUGUUCACUUCACAGAGAACCCAGACUUAUGGAUGGCCCUCAUCUAUGUUCUGGAAGAGCAGAGGUACUCAUUGGAAACACAUGGGCACAAGUAUGUGAUGCGGAAUUUGACCAGCAGGAUGCAGAGGUUGUGUGUCGGGAGUUGGGCUGUGGGAUUCCUGUGCAGGUUGUGGGGGCAUUUGCUUUUGGCAAAGGGAAGAGUCAGGUGUGGAUGAAGGAGCUUCAGUGCAGAGGCAACGAAUCACAGAUUUAUUUCUGCCAAGGAUCAUUUAAACUCAAGGAAAACUGCUCACAUGAACAUUAUGUGGGAUUAAUAUGUUCUGGUCAUACAGAUGCACGGCUGGUGAACGGCACGGACUCUUGUUCUGGUCGAGUUGAGCUCAAAUACCUCAAUAACUGGGGGAGUGUUUGUGCUUUAAACUGGAAUAUGAGAGCUGCCAAUGUCCUCUGUGUACAGCUGAACUGUGGAAGUGCUGUAGCUGUGGUGGAAGCUGACUUGUUUGAGGCAGAAAGAGGCCAGGCGUGGGCAGACAUAUUUGAUUGUCAGGGGAAUGAGACACACCUGUCACAAUGUCCCAUAUUGUCAUGGAGUCGAGCUGCCUGUUCUCAACAUGCUGGAGUCAUUUGUAAUGGUUCAUCAUUGGCAUUACAUGAAGACCAAGUGCGGUUGUCUGGAGGGAGUGAAUGCCAGGGAGAGCUGGAGGUUUAUUUCAAGAAGAACUGGACAAGAGUUCUCUUUCACUCUUUUGGUAUGUCUGAGGCCUCUGUGGUGUGCAGACAGCUGGGUUGUGGCUCGGUAAUAAGCUACAAUUCCACUCUGGUCAAAACUGAACAAAGCCACAUGUGUGUAGAAGGUUUUAGAUGCUCUGGAAAUGAAGCACAUCUGAUGAGCUGCUACAGUGCAGAGCAGGUCAAAUGCAGCUCAGGAGAACAGCUAGCAAUUACCUGCUCAGGUGUUUUUAACCAUGCCCACAGCUCUAUCAGGCUGGUUGGUUCUGGGGGAGAUGACUGUGCAGGAAGGCUUGAGGUUUUACACAAUGGCUCAUGGGGGACAGUGCGUUAUGACUUGUGGGAUAUUAAGGAUGCACAGGUGGUGUGCAGACAACUGCGGUGUGGCGUAGCCCUUAGAGACCAUUUUCUGUCCUGGUUUGGUCCUGGAACUGGGCCUAUAUGGCUGAAUCGGGUGGAGUGCACGGGGAAAGAGGAAGCUCUGUGGGACUGCCAAUUUCAGUUCUCUGAAGAGGAGGAAAGAGGACACCAGGAAGAUGUAGGAGUUGUGUGCUCAGAGUUCAAAGAGUUUAGACUUACUGAGGGCUGUACGGGAAAACUGGAAGUCUUUUACAAUGGAACUUGGGGGAAUGUGUGUGGAAAUGCAGUUGAUAAAGGAACAGCAAGUUUAAUCUGCCGAGAUCUGAACUGUGGAACAAACGGAAAAGAUAAUUGGUCAGAAGCCCGACUGAAAUUUGAUUGGUUAGAUGAUUUGAAAUGUAGGAAGCAUGAUGCCACUCUCUGGCAUUGUCCAUCUUCCCCCUGGGGAAAAGAAGUGUGUGAUCGUGUGGCUCACAUUACAUGUGGAGAUGUGGAAAAGAACCAUCUGAGAGACUUUUCAUCUGCCUGCCAGAAACAGUGCUCAAAGCAUCUACCUCUCAGGUUGAGUGGAGGAGAAGGACACUGUUCUGGAAGGCUCGAGCUGUAUUAUAAUGCUACCUGGGGCACCGUUUGUAGUGAUCAGUGGGACAUCAAUGAUGCUAAGGUGGUCUGCAGACAGCUUGGCUGUGGCCAGGCGGUGAGGGCUGACAAGAACACUCUGGUUGGUGCUGGUAGAAGGGUUAUCUGGUUGAACAGAGUGAACUGUAGAGGGAAUGAGAUCCAUCUGAUGGACUGUCUUCAUUCCUUGAAGAUUCACACCGACUGUUUUCAAAGACAAGCAGGAGUCACCUGUGCAGACAUGCCCACGCCUCUAUCUGUUACAACAACCACCACCACUAUCACUAAAAAAGGGACAGAUACUACACUAACUGCAUCAUCACAUAGAGUCCCUGCACUGACCGUGUUUGUGCUGGGAGCACUGCUUUUCGUGGCCUUGCUGCUUGUGGUUUUUCUGUUUCACCAGAACAAACAGCUCAGAAGUGCUCUUGAUAAAAGGAGUCAUAACUCAUAUUCGGAUGCAGUGUAUGAGGAUAUCAACAUUAAUUUCAUCACUUCAAGAGCCACUAGCUUACCUCAAAGGGGUUGUCUCAUUAUUGAAGCAGAGCAUUCUGGAUAUGAGUAUGUAGAUGAAGCACUGGACUCGGAGAGCUACGAUGAUGUCGUCACUGCUGGACUGAUGUUAGAGGAUGCAGAUGAUAUAUCAGAGAACUAUGAUGAUGCUAUUCCUACUGGAAUAACCCCAAAUAUCAUAGCAGACACACCUGAGGAUUAUGAUGAUGUCAUCACUGCUGGACAAGAUGCAGAAGAUUAUGAUGAUGUGGAAGAGCUGCAGAAAAACUGA